GCCCAAAAUGGACACCUGGACCCUGUUCGCACUAGUGUUGCUAGUGCUGGGCGCCAUUCAGUAUUACGUCUACUUCUGGUCUCGGCCUGCUCGCGAGACGAGUCGCUUCUUGCCGGGGCCGCGGUCGUGGCCGAUCUUUGGAGCGGCUCUCUCUAUUGGUCGCAAUCCAGUGGAUGUUUAUAAAAGUUUAUUUGAUUGGGCAAAAGAGCAUGGAUACGUUUACAGAGGCUGGGUGGGCCCUUAUCUAUUUAUACUUGUAGGUGAUCCAGUAUUCAUGGAGCCACUCCUCAAGUCUACAGUCAAUAUUAAAAAAAGCAUGAAUUAUGAAUUCCUGCAGCCAUGGUUAAGUACUGGACUUCUAACAUCAUCAGGUAGCAAGUGGAAAUCCCGAAGGAAAAUAAUUACUCAAGCUUUUCAUUUCAAAAUACUUGAAGGUUUUAUGGAUUCAUUCAAUUCCAAUGCAGAUGUCUUAAUCAGUAAAUGGAAGCAACAAGUUGGUGGCCCUGAAUUUGACAUUUUCAAACACAUUACUCUGUACACGCUAGAUGUAAUAUGUGACGCUGCUAUGGGAGUCCAGAUGAAUGUUCAAAACAACCAGAAUUGUGAAUACAUUGCAACAUUGCAUAAAUUAGCAGAUACAAUAGUUUCACGAAGUAUCAGCCCAUGGUAUUUUCCUGAAUUUAUCUUCAAUCUGAGCCCAAAAGGAAGAAAACAAAAAGACCUCAUCAAAGCAUUGCACAGUAUGUCUUACAAGGUGAGAACACUAUAGUAAAUAAUUGUAAAAAGCUGCAAAGAAAUAUUCAAUUUAAAAUUGUUUGUCAAAAGAAAAGAUUAGCCUUCUUGGAUAUGCUCUUACAAUACAAUGAAGAUGGUGGGAACUUAACUCUUGAAGAUAUUCGUGAAGAAGUUGAUACUUUUAUGUUCGAAGGUCAUGACACCACAUCUUCAGGUUUAAGUUUCUGCUUGUGGUCUUUAGCUGAACAUCCAGAUUGCCAGGAAAAAGCAUAUGAAGAAUUGUUUGAAAUAUUUGGAGACUCUGACAGAGAGACAACAACUGAAGAUUUGGGGAAAAUGAAGUAUUUAGAAUGUGUCAUCAAAGAAUCGCUGAGACUGUACCCAAGUGUACCACUCUUUCUACGUGAACUGAAUGAAGAUGUAAAAAUAGAAGGAAUUAAUAUCGUUGCUGGGACAACUGUGGUCUGUCCCCUGCCAUCAUGCCACACAAAAUCCCCAAUAUUUUCCUAAUCCAGAAAAAUUUGAUCCGGAAAGAUUUACGCAGAAAAUGUAAGAGGCAGACAUCCCCAUACGCAUAUGUCCCUUUUAGCGCUGGACCUUAGGAAUUGUAUAGGUCAAAAAUUUGCAAUGAUGGAAAUUAAAGUUUUAAUCAGCAAAGUAUUGAGAAAUUAUAAGUUAAUAGGUGUUGGAAGGAAGCCUACAUUUAGUUACGAAUUGAUUUUAAAAACCACUGAAGCCGAAAAUGGACACCUGGACCCUGUUCGCACUAGUGGUGCUAGUGCUGGGGUCCAUUCAGUAUUACGUCUACUUCUGGUCUCGGCCAGCUCGCGAGACGAGUCGCUUCUUGCCGGGGCCGCGGUCGUGGCCGAUCUUCGGAACGACCCUCUCGAUUGGUCGCAAUCCAGCUGGGCGGGCCCUUACCUAUUUGUACUUGUUGCUGAUCCAGUAUUCAUGGAGCCAUUCCUCAAUUCUACUGUCAAUAUUAAAAAGAGCAUGAAUUAUGAAUUUCUGCAGCCAUGGUUAGGUACCGGACUUCUAACAUCAUUUGGUAGCAAGUGGAAAUCCCGAAGGAAAAUAAUUACUCCAGCCUUUCAUUUCAAAAUACUUGAAGGUUUUAUGGAGUCAUUCAAUUCCAAUGCAAACGUCUUAAUCAGUAAAUGGAAGCAACAAGUUGGUGGUCCUGAAUUUGACAUUUUCAAACACAUUACUCUGUACACGUUGGAUGUAAUAUGUGAUGCUGCUAUGGGAGUUCAGAUGAAUGUUCAAAACAACCAGAAUUGUGAAUACCUUGCAACAUUGCAGAAAUUAGCAGCUACAAUAGUUACACGAAGUAUCAGCCCGUGGUAUUUUCCUGAAUUUAUCUUCAAUAUGAGCCCAAUAGGUCGAAAACAAAAUUACCUCAAUAAAAAAUUACACAGUAUGUCUUACAAGGUAAUAGAAGAAAGAAAGAAAGAACUUUCUGAUAAAAAGAAAAAGGACCCUGGUGCUGAAAAUGAGAACGAUGUUGGUCAAAAGAAAAGAUUAGCCUUCUUGGAUAUGCUCUUACAAUACAAUGAAGAUGGUGGAAAGUUAACUCUUGAAGAUAUUCGAGAAGAAGUUGACACUUUUAUGUUCGAAGGUCAUGACACCACAUCUUCCGGUUUAAGUUUCUGCUUAUGGUCUUUAGCUGAACAUCCAGAUUGUCAGAAUUGUUUGAAAUAUUUGGAGACACUCAAAGAGAACCAACAACUGAAGAUUUGA